UCAAACAGCACAUUUCACAAAGAAAAACACAUCGGAUCUUUUCUCAUUCGUUUAUAACUUUUCUCGUCUGUGUUUCUAGUUUUAUGGUGAGAGAAUCAAUGGAGGUUACUCAAUAUCAUCAAGGUGAUUUUAAUAAAGGUUCGAGUUCUAGGGUUUCCAUGAACAAGAAUUCACAAGUAAUAUCCAAGAUCAAGCCCAAGAUUCGCAUCAUCCAUAUAUUCGCACCGGAGGUCAUCAAGACCGACGUCAAGAACUUCCGUUCACUCGUACAAAGUCUAACCGGAAAACCAGCAGCCGUAGAGGUCAAAACCGGUAAAAGGAGUGCCAGACCGAGAAUUCCCACGUCUCAAGAACCGGUUUGCGGAGAUCAUCAGCCGGUUAACAGGCGUACGAGUUUCACCGGUUUAUUAGCAAACGGUGGAAACCAUGAGGUAAAAGAAGAAUGGGGAUCCUGUGAUCAGAAUACUACGAACACAAACACUUACUUUGACCUAGAAGGUUUGAUCCAAGAUGUAGGAGAAGAUUACUUCUCUUCGUUUCCCAUGAGAUCUUCUCCUUCUUCUUCACAAGUUGAAGGGUUCAUCUUCAACAACAACAACACCAGCAACAGCUUCGAUACAAAGGGUCACAAUAUUUCAUAAGCAACCAAAGGUUUUAUCUUCUAGCUAGGCGUUUCUCUGAUCCUUCAAUCGCAUUGGUUGAUGAGAUCUAAUCGUUUGGGGAAUGAAAGCAAACGAAAAUUGUCAUGUUUUUGGGAUUUUCAUUUUGAUGGGUAUGAUGAGAAAAUGAAACUUUUGGUAGACUGACUUUGCCAAGGUCGAGGGUUGUAAUGGAGAGUUUAAUUUAUGUGCAGUCCUUCUCGGAGAAGUGACUGUAUCUAAUCGUCGUGGGUAAAAAUCCCAAGUUAUUUUUUAUGUAACUUCAUUGAUGUGCUACUAUUGGAUGUGUAAUAAUUCUUUGGUGUGUGUGCUUUGAUUAUCUGUUGUA